AUGCAAAGCUUUUACCAAGGUUUAAUUUUGUUUCUUUCACUUUUUCAACGUGGACUCGCGGGCCAAUUUAGUGUCAAUCAAGAAAACUCGUGUAGUUCUGAUCGUUGUUCCAGUGAAGAUCGAGGACCCUGUCUAGAUGAUGGAGAAAAGAAGCUAUACCGCUGGGAUCCUGUUAAGGUUUGUCAGUUAUUUAACUAAUCAAAACACAAAUGAAGGUUAUAUUUAAAGAUUAUAGCGAUUUAUAGCAAAGAUGAAACUACCACCGUGGUGAUUUCUCACCGGUUUCAACACUAAUUAAAGUAGAUGGCGUAUUUUUUUUUUGUCUCGCUAAGAUAUAGUUCACUUCAUUGUCGAGGUAAAUUUUUUGAAUGUAUUUAUUAGGGGUGGUUUUCUAAAUGUAGAUUACACACCAUUUUACAGCAUAUGUCAGCUUAUUUUCACGCACUGCUGACUUAAAAACAAAAACAACGGUGGAAGUUACUUGUCGUUGAACUGUUCAACUGUCUGUCCUGAACUUCUCCGUUUUCUCAACAGAAAAAAAAAAACCGUCCUCACGUCGCGUAAAGUUAAAUCGUUUUUGCCCGUCCACAUGGGGUCCACAUGAAAACGCUAAAACGAUGGGAAAACGAAAGCAUCAGAACAUGCGCAUUGCUAGUAGUAUACUAGAAAUGCUUGAAUCGCAGAGCCUCGCGCAGCAGAGGUUAAUGUCCAGAAGUAGAAAGAAAGGGAAAGAAGCCAAUAAAAAAAAGAAAAUAUGAUGUAUGACGGAUAUCAUCCUAUUCAAGAACCUCUUUCUCGUCCGUCCACACGUAAACGGCGGCCGGCGUUUUCAUGAAUAUACAUUAUGGGGACCGUUUUUGAGAACCCGUCGCGUUUUUGGUGCCUAAAACGAACUCCGUUUACGUCUGGACGGAGAGCAAAAACGGAAAAAAACCCCGGGGUCUAAAUCAAGUCUAGGUAAGCUCCGUUUAAAUUAUCGGUCCUUACUGAUUUAAUCAUCUGAUGUUUUAUAGGUUGGAUACAAAAGAAGACUGAAACUUGAAGGAGACAAGGUUUAUACCAUGAUUACAAAGGCCAUAGACCCACCUAUUUUUGGUAAAGACAGUUUUCAGUUUACGAACCGUACUUUUAAACAGCCUCUUAAGACGUCCAAACUAGAUUCUAGAGAACUGUUGUUGCCGUAUAUAGUGUUAUCUAAAUUCUGUAGCUAAGAAAUCUACUUGGCUAAGGCUAAGUUACCGACUCGUUGUGAUCCGAUUCCACUCAACGCUGGUCUAAAGGUUGCGAAGUCUAUUUUAUCAACCAAGCCCUUGCAGAAUUUCAUCUUUUGCAACACAAAUAAAAAUGAUAGAAAAUGCUUUGACACAGUGAAGCAGUAAGACCCAAAUGGUUGCAGGGAAAGACAUUUAUUAUGAUCUCAAUGAGACUGAGAGAGAAGAAACAUGCAACUUCACGCUUGUUAUAUCACUGAGUGCUUUAAUCAAUACCAUAACCAGUGUAUUGUUUUCGAUUGCUUCUUUUGUAGAGAUUCCAGAUUUCAUGACUCCAGAGGAAGCUGACCACAUUAUUGAACUAGCUGAAGAGAGUGGCUUCGCUAAAAGUGAUAUCCACCUAGACCCUAAGGCUAAAGAGCAUGCGCAAACAUUGAGAUCAAUGGAAGGUAAUGCCCUAUAUAUUACUUAAUACCCGGUAAAAUUGCUCAGUUUGCUAGAAAACGUUUGCCAGCGUUUUCUCUAGCCCUGGCUCUGCGUUAGCAGCCUCUCAUGAUCAUUUAAGACGGUGACAAAUAAGCCUAUCCCCCCCUCAACUCCCCCCCCCCCUUCCCCCCCCCCCCCCCCCUCCCUCCCAAAGCCCCCAGUUCAUUUCCCCCCCUUCCCCUUUCCCCUAUUUUUUUUUUUUCACUGCAGUUCCGGAACCUUUUUUAUCAAAAAAUUUUAAUUUUUUUUUAUAAAAGAAGGAGUUAAAUUAAAUUGGUCUAAAACUUUUAAUGCUUUUUUUUUUUUUUUUUUUUGACAUUCUUUUUGAAAGUUUCUAUUUGAAACAAACUGAAUUUGAAGUUUAUGCCUAAUAUUUUAUGUAAUACCCGUUAAAUUUGCUUAGUUUGCUAGAAAACGUUUCCUAGCGUUUUCUCGUGCCGUGGCUCUGCGUUAGCAGCCUCUCAUGAUCAUUUAAUACGGUGACAAAUAAGCCUUUCCCCGCCUAAACUCCCCCCCCCCCUUCCCCCCUCACCCUCGCCUCCUGCACACGGCUUCGAGUUAGUUUCCUCCACUUCCCUUUUCACGUAUUUUUUUUUGUACGCUGAAGUUGCGCAAUCUUCUCUAUCAAGAUAUGUUGAUUUGUUUGAAUAAAGUAGGUAGUUAAAUCUAAUUGGCUAGCACCUUUUACUGCUUUAUUUUCAUUGGUUGUUGACAAUCCAACUGGAACUUUCCAAUUGAAGCAAGCAGCAUCUUAACAGUAUAAAUCGGACAAAGGGUCUCAAUGGGGUCAGCCGUCAGCUGUCAAACGACCCAAAAAUUAACCGUCAAUCGUUAAAAGAGGCAGAUUAAUCGUAAGUUAAUCGUCAAAACCGUCAAUCGUCAAAAAUGCAGAUUAAGACCAAAUGUGAAAAGUUUCAAGGUAUUUCAAAUCUCACUAUUUCAGCUGAUCUUCACUGGAUAACCUCGGAACUGGAAAACCAGUUCCCACGUUUUUGAUGAAAAACACUCUUCAGGAGACAUUAAAAUACCUUACAACCUGCUUAUAUCUGAAAAUAUUUAGAAAUUGUUUAAGUAAACGGUCAAGAAAACCUUCAAAACAUAACAGACAGAAGUUAAUAUUUACUUAUACUUUUGGACUAAAUUUCCACCUAAUAAGUGUCAAGCGUUAAAAGACCUCAAAUUUAAUCAUCAAGCGUCAAAAUUGGAAAAAAAUUUACCGUUAACUUUCAAAGCUACCUCCCCAUUGAGACACUCUGACAGUACUGCUGCCUCCGCCAGAUUUAUAAACAAUGAAUGAGCCGACUAACAGAAGCAAUCAGAUUCGAACAUAUUGUUAUUGACACGAUGACGUUUUUAAAUUGCGUAGGUCAUUCUAAUAGCUCUGCUGGAUAUUUUCUGAAUUGGGACUUGAACAGAGAUUACGAAAUCACAAAAGAUGAGGUUAGUCUUGGUCUUAGAUAUAUUUUAUAAUUCUGCUUAACAAAUUUCAGUGUAUUGGCGAGUAGUCAUUGAAGAAUAACAAUUAAAAAUCUGUUUUGACUUAGGAAACAUUUUAUUUCUUAAAUUAUUAAUUAAUUAAUUAAUUUACUUAUUUAACUAAAUAACUAUCGAUUUCCUCUCAAGGUGGCGGAUGAAACUAAACUAUGCUACAUUUUCACUUUUAUGGCAAGUUGCCAUCUAACGACCAGUAGUUCCUAGUCCAAAAACUCAAUAAACAGCAAGACGACGUCUCCUAAGAGUACGAGAUAAAAUGAUAUAUCGUCCCAUGUAAGGGAAUCCAAGACAGACUUGAAUUCUGGAUUUCAUGCCAUAGAUUCCGGAUUUUCUGUUAGUGGAACAUGGAUUCCGGAUUCCAGUCGCCAGUGGGAUCCGGAAUCCUUAAACAGCAUUCCGGAUUCCACUAGCAAAACUUUUCUGGAUUCCCUUUCACGGGGCGAGAUCUACGCUUUACGAAGCCAAGGACAAACAGUUUCUGCCUUUAUAAGGUAAUUUAAUUUAUUACUUGGAUGUUCUGUCGGACGUAUUCACUGCAGUUCUACGAAGUUUCCUUUUACUCAUGGGUGUCCUUUUUCUACACAGGUAAUAGAGUUUGCUAAAAAGUUUAAAUUUCUGUACAUGACCCUAAAGGAAGUAGACGAGAUGUAAGUUUCUUCGUAUCGUUUCUUUCAUUCGCGACCACCUAAACUGCGCGAAAGAUUUACUUUAUCACAUCUCCAUGGUUCCUAAAAUUACAAUAACAGAUAAGAUAACAGUAAAGGCGUGAUAAUUUCAUUUACGUGGUUAGUAACGUGACUGACACGUCACAAGGCGUCCCUGGAGGCUAAGGGGCAGCAGAUUUGGACGGGAUAUUUACAAGCCAAAUCCCUGCAGGCGAAGAUCACAACAAGAACGGGAGAGCCCCCCCCCCCCCCCCCCCCCCCCCUUCUGAGACAAAAUAAAAGAGCUUUUAUUUGGACAAAAAAAAAAAAAAAAAAAUUAUUUUUGUGGGGUGGUGGUGACAAAAAAGGGUAAAUGGGGGGGGGGGCGAGCGAAGAAGAGGAGGGGGGGGGGGGGAAUGGGGGGCAAGAUAUGUGGGGGGAAUGUAAAACCCAAACCCCCCGAGGGACAAAAAAACAAAAAAGAGGGGGGCCCCCCCCCCCCCCCCCAACCUAUCUUAGAGCCAGUUACAAAGGCUUAUGAUUGGCUAAAAUAAACAAUAAUAAUAUAUUGUUGAUGAUGGUUGCGAUGACAAUGACGAUGACUAUGGCGAUGGCCAUGACGAUGACGACGAUGGGGAUGAUGAUGAUGAUGAUGUUGAUGAUGAUGAUGAUAAUGAGUGUGUUGUUCAUGGGUACUAUAGUAAUGGUUUUUUAUAUUGCGGGGGCUCCAUUCCAUCACGAAGGCUCACAAACGCAAUCAAUGUAAUUUACAUUUUUAAGCAGAUUACUGUGUUGAUUAAAUGAAAGAAAGGAAAGAGAUGAAUAAUAAACUAAUAUAUCUUGUUGCUUGCAGGAUAGAAACUUUGGAUCUUAAAGAAUUUGAUGACGGUUUGUAACUAAAUAUUUUGUAAUAAGUAAAGGUUAUGUACGUAUUCCCCUUUUCUUCGCAAAGAUAGUUCGUUUUUGGUACCAUGCAAUGAAAAUAUAUGUCUAAAAUGCUGGUCAGAAGCUGGCUUUUCAUUUGACUCCUCUUUAAAGGGGACAAGGGAGAAAAGGAGAAAUCCCUUGAUCCAGGCCUAGAGAACAAGCAACACUAGUUAUGAUGAUGACGAUAAUAUAUUUAUUCAUUCAUUUAUAAACUUAUCUCUUGAAUCCCUCUUUUCUUCCAAAAAAUUCAAAAGAAUCUAUGGCUGUUGUUUAAAUUCCGUUUCUUGCACAAUAACAUUGAAAAAAAAAAAAAAAAUGAAAGAACGAAAGGUAAGCUUGGAGCUAGGUUUUAUAUAAGGUAGACCAUCAACGUCAUUGCAACCAGAAGUAUCCCAAUAAAAUCUGAAGACUAUCACUUAUAUUACAAACAGAGGUCGUAGGAUAUGAAGAAUGGAGAUCAUUGAAGACGCACGCCAUUGAUAUGUACAUGAAUGAUAUGAAAGAGAAGCAUCCUCACCAUAGAGAUCGAUUUAGCGAUCAAGUAUGGCUCUUCCAACAUGUCGAUCCAACACUGCUGAGGCUUAAACAAAGGUAAACUUAACAAUUUUCGUUGGCAGCAACAAAAAUACGGUGCUGUGGAACGUACAUAAAGGGAAGUGUACAUAUAUCUUGUGGGUUUCCUUGAUUAUAAAAACUUUCUCCACCCCCUCUCCCUUUCCCUCCAUAUUAAAAUUUUCAAAGUCGUCUAACAAUAGUUCCAAGAGUAAGACAGAUGGCAAAAGUUCCCUCAGUAACAUUUCGUUUUCAGAUAAAUUCUAGUGGUAACGAAAAGACGUAGAUACCACUCUUGCUAAAAUACUUCUGCAUAAUAUAUAAAUUUUCACUAAAUUCAUCUGUCAAAGUUUUUGAGAUGUGAUUGGCUGUGUGGACGGACAGGAGGAUCCAAGGACAAAACCAACACGAAUUUACGUACAAAGUGUAUGUAGAGUUUAUCAAAAGACCUGCGCGCGUAUAGUGUACCUGGUUCUCUACACCUUCAUUAUUGUCAUCAUUCAUAUUAUUAUAUUUACCUUGAUUUUACGCUAAUUGUCGGUUGAGGUUACCGAGUGUCCUCAGUAGCUAUAGGGUUCUUCAAUCUCGUAACCUGGACCCAAAUUUUCGCUUAAUCCUGUAAUCCCGAUGUGUGUUUUCGGUAUCCCGCAUCCCGUGUAAACUUUCUGCAAUCCAAAAUCCGCAAUCUUGGUCAGCUUUCAAUAAGUCAAAUCCUGGAUACCGAAAAGCCUUCUGGGGACCCAUUUUAUUCACAAGUGGCUCAUGAAAAUCUGAAACAAAAAAAAAAAAUGACGAAACCAAACAAGACCAAAACAAACAAACGACUCGUUAAAAGGUUCCUUAAGUUGAAUUUAAUGAUAAAUUACAUUAAUACCUGAUUAUCUUCAAGUUACCUACUGAAUAUUUUAAUCACAAGAUAGUCAUUAUUCGACAGUUAUAUUUCUGCAUAGAAAGAGCUUUCACUGACAAUUUUCCGUCUGAUUUUGUUUUACAGAGUUCAUAAGCUAACUCGUCUUCAGAAGAGGAUAGUAUAUGGUGGCGAACCACUCCAGGUAUAUUGUCUUGAAGCCUACCUUUCUCUAACUGGGCUUGUCACAAUUUAAAUCCCUCCUUAAACUGUCGUAUACGAUAUCUGCUUGAAAGACACAUCCUGGUAGAGCACUCAGGUCUUUAUAGAUCCUACGUUCUUCGGCAUAUUCGUUUGCGGUCCUUUGCAGUCCCUUGUGGUUAAUGUUUGUACUACAUGUAUCUGCAUUUUUCUAAUACUUUCUAUAGCCUGUUUUACUAUUUCGCCUUAAUUGUAGGUUUUAAAGCAGAAACUAAUAAUAAGGCAUACCAAGGGGCAUUGUCCAAUAGAAAACACUCCGAACUUAUAGAAACCGACUUUAAUGAACAUAUGAUCUCGUUUCCAUUAACUCAAAAGAAAAUUGAAGAGAAAAUUGAUGCAUAUUAAGGCCUUUAGUUCAUUACUUGAAAUUAAUUUGUGUAUUAGAUUAAGCAAUUAAUGUAACAGAGCAAUAGAGAUUCUAUCAAGAAGACUACGAGGAGGAGAUUUUGAACGCGUGCGUGAACCAGCGUCGUUUUGGCGGGAAAACACGCUGGAUAGCCCUCUUUAUUCCACUACGUGUUUUUGCGAAAAUGUCAUAGUGGCGGAAACAAGUUAUCAAAAUGUUAGAAGUUUUUCAUUUGGGCUCCGGAGAAGGCUUCAACGAACAUCCUUCAAUAAAAGUAACAAUGCUUAUUUUACUGGUGAAAAAAACUUUACCACACUGAAACUUUCCAGGGUGUCGAGUUUUGAGAAUACGCGACAAAAAAAAUUGAGGUCAUUUAAAUCUCGUCCGCUCGUAGUCGUCCUUGUUCUCAAAUCUGAAGGUCUUUAAUAUUUAUUAUUGGCUUACCUCAGGUGGUAAAAUAUGGACCCUUUGGUCAUUACCAUGCGCAUUAUGACAGCUCUAAAAAGUCUGACUACCCCGAAGGGACCAACUGUUGUCAUUAUGAUUUGGCAAAGGCGCCUAUGGGAAAAUGCAGGAUUUGUAGGUACGUGAUGGACGACAAAACGAAAUAAAAUUCUGGAGAGGAAUCACCAGCAAUCUUGGACAAAACUGUUAAGAAAAUUUCAUACUUGGGGAGCAUUUUUCUAAACAUCGUAGCUGUUACCGAUUUUCCCUCUCCCCCUCCUCCUCCCCCUGGAAGCAAUGUUGUUGUGUGUUCAAAAGAAGCCUGAUCCCUCAGCUUUUGUAGGAAGCAACAUUGAACUGGGGGAAGGAGGACAAAGCCGCUGUUUUGGAAAUAGUUUGGUUUCGUAGGAUAGUGUACAUUAUGGGAAAAACAUUCUCAAGUAGUUUUGUCCAGGAUUGUGGAAAAAAGGCAUAUUUAAAGGCUUGUUUAAAUUUUGAUGGGAGAAUACAAUGGACCAUUUCUUGAUACGUGUAAAAUCUCUUGACCUGGCCCCAGUUGUUUAAAAGCUGGAUAAUGCUGUCCACUGGAUAAAUCUUUGUCUAGUGGAUAACGCAAUUGGUUUCUGUAAUACUUAUCCGCUGGAUAGUGAUUUAUCUGGGCCCACCGAUUGUUCGAAAGGUGGAUAACGCUAUCCACCGAAUAAAUCUCUAUCCAGUGGAUAACGCAAUUGAUUUCCUCAAUACUUUCCGUUGUAUAGCUAUUUAUCCGGUGGAUGGCGCUAUCCAACGUUUGAACAACCGGGCGACCUGGACACCAUCUUGGACUGACAUACGGUACUUAAUUUCAUUUUGCUGAUUUUACAUUGUUUUUGUAACGCCGGAUCCCGUUAAUGGUUUAUUUACAGGUACAUCACCAUCCUCUAUUAUCUAAAUGACGUAGAAGAGGGCGGAGAAACUGCUUUCCCUGUGGCGGAUAUGAAAAAUUUCAAUGAAACUGUAAGUUUGCUUAUGCUGCUCCCUGUAAGAAAUGCGUGUAAAGACUGUAUUUUUCUGUCUCUCCUUACCGUAUUAUUCUGCAAUAAAGGGACAGAAAUACCCAUUUUCCAGGAAAUGAAACGUGCUACAUAUAAAUAUACAAUUAUUUUGUCUUACAGUUAUUUCCGAGCAAGGCGUUUCAGUUUUCAAAGAGUUUCCUUCAAUUAUAGAUUAAAAAAAACAAAAAAUCAAUAAUUCACUUUAAAAAAAAAAAAAAAAAAAAAAAAAACUAUUUCGUUAAAACACUAUUGUGUAAAAUCUUUUUUUUUUUGUUUCCCCUUACCGUUAUAUUUCACAAAAAAGGGAAAAAAAAACCUAUUUUCCAGGAAAUGAAACGUUCAAAAUAUAAAUUUAAAAUUUUUUUUUUUUACAGUUUUUUCCGAGAAAGGGGUUUCAAUUUUAAAAAAUUUUCCUUCAAUUAAAAAUUAAAAAAAACAAAAAAUCAAAAAUUCACUUUAAAAAAAAAAAAAAAAAAAAAAAAACUAUUUCGUUAAAACACUAUUUUUAGUGUAUUUUAUUAUUAUGAUAAUUUUUUUUUCCUUAGGAAUUCAGAGACCGUAAAGAUGGAGACCGCUUUAACCUGAAUCAUUAUUGUCAAACCGCCAACAUUGUUGUACCAGCGAAAAAAGGGAAAGCUGUCAUGUGGUAUAACUAUAUUCUUGAUGGAACGACAGGUUGGAUGAGCCACAGAGAUGGUAGAUCACUACAUGGGGGAUGCAUCGUAAAGAAAGGAAUCAAAUACAUAGCGAACAACUGGCUUCCUGCUCCAGAAAAUGAUUCAGCUCAUCUUAUAAGCGAAUACUUUGAAGAGCCAGAGGACGAAUUUUAA